AUGCUUCCAAAGUGGGCAACUCACCCCGCUGGGGGGACGAUGGCGAUCAUGCUGCUAUUCGGCGCUGCAUUUGCCAUCGGUCAUCACUUCUUUUACCAGAGUCUUUCGGGAAACCCGCCACCAAAUGUCGUCUAUUUCAGAAGCUUUGCUGGCGGCUUAACGGGACAGCAAUUCAACCUGGCCGUCGGAUCGGUGUUCGCUUUCCUUGUCAACUCUGCUCUCGGUGUCGCGAUACACACUGCGGCAAAUCAAGCGCUGUGGGUAGCGAUUAGAACGAAGCCUUCAAAGCUAGGGGUAAUUGAUAAUUUAGCAACUGCAACAACUAACAUCUGGAAUGUAUUUGACUUCCGACUAUGGAAAAGCAGCCCCAUCAGGAUGACUUUGAUCACAAUUUUCUGGAUUUUAUCUGUGGCAUUCUUUAUAACACCAGCAACCCUCAAUAUCAAGUGGUCAAUGACAACAUCCGUCUCCAUGACCAGGGUCCCUCAAGUUGACUUUACCAGUCUCAACUUUGCCGAAAUACAACUUGAGCAGUCAACUUCACCUGACUAUCGCUACUACAACCCUCAGUAUCCUGUUCUGCAGGUUGUAGCGGAAAGCACAGCAGGAGGCCGUAUCUUGCCAAUAUCGUCGCCCCAUCAAAAUGCUACAUGGGUCUUGAACUUUCCCGGGCCAGCACUAUCGUGCAAAAGCCUUGACAAUAGUUCGGCCUUGUACGACAAUAUUACGAAUAAUAUUCUCGUAACAAUGUCAGUAGGACCUAGGGAAGACCAAGUACGUGCGUGUGCAUAUUCUUUCGGCUACAUUUCUUGGGUGCCAGAGGCAGAAUAUGGAGGCUCCGAUAUCAAUUCUUUGCCAUUCCCUGGCAUGUCAUUGAGUACCAACAACACUCCAUAUGGGCCACCUUCGCGGGGUGUUGGGCCGAUAUAUGCCUCGCCAGCCAGAGAACCACUGACACUCUUCAUCGCGGCCCUACCAAGCAUGCAUUUUAGCAAUGUGGACCAACACGCGUGUACAGAUUACAAUUCAACUUCUUUUAGUCAGAGCGCUCUUGAUCAAGUUGCCAAUAUGACUAUAACAAAGUGUAUGAUGUACAACACCUCCUAUGUGGCUAAUUUCACAUACAUCGAUAACAUCCAGAGCAUUGAACUUACGACACAAGGUUCGUUCAACAAUAUUAUAGGCCAGCCCGGAGUUGCAGGCGCAAACCUGGUGAGCUACCCAGAAGCAGGAAGUGACAAGAUUAGCUACAACGUCUCCUUGGUUGAAACAUUCGCCUAUCAGGCCAUUAUGGAUGCUUUCGGGCGCAUGUUCGUGGGAACCAUCGCCUAUGACGUCUCGCAACAGAAGCAAAUAAUUGACACUCAAAUGGCGAUGACACCGCUUCUGAAUACGAAAGAAUUCAACUUUAUACGACCUCUUUCUGAAAAGUUUUCACUACAGGAAUUAUUAAAUGGUGCAAAUGGUCUUUGGAAUGGAGUUUCUGUCGAGCAAGCGCCUAAUUCAACCAUUCCCAUGGCCGGUGUGAUAGAGGAGCUGUUCCGUAAUGCUACCAUAUCUCUAAUUAGCAAUCCCUUGUUCCAGCCCAAUUACUCUUCCCCCUACGCACCUCCAGAUAUAGACGUGGCAGUGACGACUUACGGGUUGGUCUACUUAUACGCAGCUCGAACGCUCUUGCUUGCGUAUGCCAUUGCUCUAGGUAUGACUCUUCUGAGCAUAUUACUCGGUGCUAUUUCAAUCUAUCAUAACGGUGGCUCUUCAUAUACGACCAAAAUCUCUACGAUACUACGUGCGGCCUAUUGUAUCGACUUUUCGGAGCCAAUACGACCUGAGGAUACUGACGGUAAGGAUCCGACGCCAAGAUAUAUUAAGAAACUUACAAUUUCUUUUCCGCCGGUCGGAACUGCUGUGCGUUACAACAAGGCAGCGCAAAGUUCUGAAGGGGAGCAGCUGCAGCAGAUAUAG